CCCCUCAAUGUAAACAGUAGCGUCACGCUUUGAAGAAUGCCGCCACUUCCUCGCACGCCCUGUCCGAGGCCGACGCCGCGUCGGUAUUGGCCUAAUGGCAUCACGUGGGCCGUCGCGCCGCCGGGCGCUGGCGGCGUUUGUUUACGAUCACGCUCCAUCGCCAUUUUCGCCUGAUAAGCGUCUACCGACUGGCGAGGAGCGCACGUUGGUACCGUUGCUCUUCCGUGUUGUUUCAGUUUGAGAAUGCGUUGAACUAAGUUUUGUGGCAAGUGCGACGUCGCUUCACGGCAUUUUCCAUAAUCAUGACUUGCUGCGCCUUCGGAUGCCAAAAUACUUGCAGCAAAGGCAAGAGACUCUUCUCGAUACCGUCCGGUAAGCGCGACGGGUUAAGAAAGGCGUGGAUUCAUCGAAUUGGCAGGAAGAACUUCAUACCAACACCCUCCACACGACUAUGCGAGGUUGAGCGCUACAAAGGCAGAAGUAACGACUCGAGAUGUGGCGUCAAGGAACAAGCCAGAAAGCUCUCCGAGCAACUCCGUCUCUUCGGUCUUGGUGAAGGACCUAGGGUUUUUCUACUUUAUUCUCUACUUCUGCACCGCAACCAACAUUUUAUAUCUCCUUAAAUCUGCCGUGGAAACAAGUAGUAGCCACAAGAAGGAAGGAUACAUGUUCGACGUUGUCUAUGACAUCGGAUGUGGCCUCAACCUUGUCAGCGAUGUAAUCAUGCUCCAAGCGUUGAGAAACCCGAGUCAGGCAAAGAAGAAGUUUCGACUGUUCCUCAUCUGGAACGCCUUGACGACCUGUGGCUUCUACCUCACGGACUUGGUCUACAGCAGUUAUAUCAGACGUGGGAAACACGAGGUGGAAUGCAAGGACGAAGAUUCAAUUCGAAACAGGAUGUAUUACAACUUUCUAGUCUCGUGCACCAUGAUGUUUCUUGUAAAGGCGAGCAACACUUUCUUUGUCAUUUCAAGUGUCAUGGGUGCCCACAGUAACCUGAACAAGGAAGGAGUCAUCUUCGACAUUAUCUAUGGCCUCGGAUGUGCCCUCAACCUUGCCAGCGAUGUAAUCAUGCUCCAAGCGUUGAGAAACCCGAGCCAGGCAAAGGAGAAGUUUCGACUGUUUCUCAUCUGGAACGCCUUGACGACCUGCGGCUGCUACGUCGUGGACUUGUUCCGCAAUAAUUUCCUCAGCAAGCACAUCAAACUUGAAAAAGACCAGUUGCAAGGCAUGGAUGAAGAAUCGGCUCGAACCAUGAUAUUUUACUCCUCUAUAUUCUUCAGCACAGUGGUCUUUCUUGUAAAGGAAAUCAAGAUGCUACCGCUGACGCUUGGUUCCCUCGUCGGAACAGUCCUGCUGCUGGCCCACGCAGGAGCUUACAUCACCUACUUGGAGGUUCGCCUGCCGCUUCAAGGAAUCCGGGCUCCCCGGGGCUCCGUGUGGCCGGAGCCGCAGCUCGUCAUGCCUUCGAAGCUGCAGAGGCACCUGACGCCGGAUUCGUUUCGCAUCACGACGAACGACGCGGGCACACCAGAGUGCGACGUGCUGGCCAAGGCAACGGCCCGCUACGUCAAGCUGCUCUUCUUCAACGCCAUGAAGCAGGAAGGGGGCGCAGCGGUGCCGACGGGCAAGCGACUGGACCGGCUGGACGUCAACGUGUCACUUCUCUCGGAGCAGUACUGCCACUAUCCGCGCUACGGAGACGACGAGAGCUAUAACCUGACUGUACCGGUUACCGGUGACGCUUUUCUGAAUGCCACAACGGUUUGGGGAGCAUUGAGAGGUUUGGAAACGUUCAGUCAGCUUUUCUACCAACAUCCCGGCACCAAAGAGUUCCUGGUGAACGUGACGUCACUGCGAGACUACCCGAGGUUCUUCUACCGGGGCCUCCUCGUGGAUUGCGUCACGCGGUUUCUCCCUGUGAAGUCACUCAAAAGAAAUCUGGAUGCCAUGGCUUACAACAAGUUCAACGUCUUUCACUGGUUCCUCGCCGACGGGACCGCCUGGCGCCUCAGAAUGGCGGCAUUCCCGAAUCUUACGACGGUGGCGCGACUUCCUAGGCACAUGUACCAGCCUCAGGACGUCGAGGACGUCAUCGAGCACGCCAGGUUGCGCGGCAUCCGCGUGAUCCCGGAGAUCGCCAUCGCCUCACCUCCUAAGCUGCUGAGGGACGCACUGCCAGGCCUGGUGACGAUUUGCCAGCGCAGUGACGAGCAGCAUCCCGAAGCACAGGUCCCCUGCCCGAAGGACUCCGCGUGGGACGUGGCGGAUUUGUCGCACGGCCCUACGUACGAUGUGUACGCCGCCAUCUUCAAGGAGAUCGCGUCUCUCUUCAAGGACGAGUACAUUCACCUGGGAAGCAACCUGCAUCUUCCAACACUCCCGAGCGACGCACCGACUUCUAUGCUACAGCUGUACAUGGACAAUAUCGUCAACCUCACCCGCAGCCUGGGUUUCAAGACCAUGGUCUGGUACGACCUCCUUAGCAUCGACAUGAGGGUCCCUCGCGACGCCGUCGUACAGCUGUGCCGCGAUGAUGACGUCAGCAGCUCGACGAUCCAGCAGUUGGCCAAGGCGGGGCACCAAAUGGUCUUCUCCUCCAAGUGGAACCUGAGCGCCUUCAUGUACGGCCCCGACUGGAAAAAGUUCUACAGCUACGACGCCGUGCAAUUUCACGUGAACAGAGAGACAAGAGACAUGGUAAUCGGAGGGGAGGCCACGCUCUGGACCCACAUUGUUGACGCGACGAAUCUCAUACCGAGAGUGUGGCCCCGGGCAUCGGCCAUGGCGGAGCGCCUGUGGAGCAGUGAAUCGAUGACCAACACUGACGAUGCGGCGUUUCGACUGGACGAGCAGCGGUGCCGCAUGCUCAACCGAGGAAUUCGGGCGCAACCGAUACUGAACGGCUACUGCGGUGACCAAGACCUUGACUACAUGGACAAUUACCCUGUUGUCGAUUGACUUAGUUUUUAUUGUUGCAGUGAUCAAAGAUGAAUCUUUUUCUUU